UUAUUUAUCUGCGUUCCCGCAUCUUCGGCUCGCAACUACCGAUCGCGCGCUCUUGCAUAAUUCGCAAUCGAGCGAUUCGAACACGAAGCCCCGAUUCUCGCAGAGACGAAAUAAAUCGCCCGACGAUCGUCGACGUCAUGCGCGACGAUCGACCAUCGAUUUGCGUCGUGACAACAGUGGCCCGUUGUAUCGACGCUUCUUUUUAUCGUCGAUAUCAACAUCUGAUUAAUGACGCAGCGACACUCGCGGUCAGAACGAGCGGGUUCGAACGAGCGACCGAUAAACGUUCGGACUAGUGGAACAGAGAGGUAGCGAGAGAGAGAGGGGAAGAGAAAAAAAGCGGGAAGCGCGAGCAACACGAACAGACCCGAUCCGUCACAUGUUUCAGACCGCGCGACGUAUAUCUCGCGUUAUCGAUGAGACGGCGGCCGUGAUAGCGGCCAUUUGCAUUCACCGGACGGACUACUGUCCAGGAGGAAGAGAAUUGUCACAUUUGCGGUACGCGUCCGGCGUACGACGCGGCUAGAUCCUGGUCGCCUUUAAAAUGGCAAGGUCGUCUAAUGACGUCGCAAAGUGCGUCUACGGGAAUACAAUUCAGGAGAAUGAAAAGAGGCUGGGCGAGGCGCGAAUUAAGGGCCAGGGUAAAGGCCGGAGCAGGCAAGAACUGAACAGACUGUUUCGCAAACUCAACCAGGCGACUGUCGGUGGGAAUUCGGCGAGAAGCUCGGACAAACUGAACCUGUCGUGCUACAGCAGAAAUGUUACCAGUUGCUGGUAUGGCCCGAUCCCUGAGUUUCCACCCGGGUCUUGGUGGGGUAUACGUAUGGACUGCUCUAGGGACGGCGUGCACAAUCCCAUCGACGCCGACGUGCACGAAGGACCUUUCGGUGCUGCAUCGGCUUGCACCUCGCAAGUCAACAUGAACGAGGACGUGGAUCUCGGUGAUUUUCUCACGCUUACUGGCCAGGUGUAUCGCAAGGAUCAACCGAGCGCUGAUCCGUUCACACAUAAUUACAAGAAUCAAGUACCACUGAGAUUGAUCCGAAGCUACAAUCUGCAGAACGACAUAGCGCCUAACACGGGCUACAGGUACGACGGGCUCUACGUAGUCAUAGGCUACUGGAUAGGCGCGAGCGCGGACGGGAUCAGGUACAAUAAAUUCGUGCUGAUGCGUCUCGCCGAUCAGGAGGCGCCGAGCUGGAGCGGCGGGAGCUGCGAAGUGCCAUCUUCCGCACGACACAACGCGUCUUCCGCGAGAUCGAGCCAGCCGUGCGUCGCUUCCAACACGUACGAUCUGCGAAAAUGUUCGCACAACACCACCGACGUCUGCGGCAAGCGGAGAUUCGGCCACAGUCGCGAGGCUCCGCCGGACGCGACGAGGAAGCCCGUGCCCGAGAGCUCGAUCGUCACGCGCCAUGUCUUCAAGAAGCCGAGCAACGCGGAAAGCACAAACUGUUCUACUUCAGUACCUGACCGAAGGACCUUCACGUGCCUCGGUACGUCAGCACCGAAGACACACAGUACAAAUAUCUCGAUACGCAUGGGUCUGUACGAGUCGUCGCGCAACACCCAGGAGGCGAAGAGGUGCGUCACGACGAUGCUGCAUAAGCCGUUCAAGCCGAUCGACAUCGCCAACCGGACGGCUCUGGACAUAGACGCGCCACCGAAAGACGAUGUGAAGCCGGCCGCGAGACUGGACCCCGCGACGCGGGUGAAUCCCCGGGAGCCGGUCGGCAGCGUCUCUUGCAACGUCGCGAACGACGAGCCUGUCUGUCCCAAACGCAUGAAGAACUCGUGCUCCCGCGACGUUCACCCGUCGGGCCGCUCGCCGUCGAACGACGCGAAUUUCGUCACCGAGGAGUGUCAGGAAUACUCGCGAAGCAGCGCCGAACGGAGCGCGUCGGUGAUGAGUCGCGUCAGUGAACUGCCGGGGAUCGGUUCAGUCGCGACGCGCGAGAGGAUCUUCAAGGAACAGUCGGCUGAGUCGCUUCACGCGCAGGACAUUAAAUCCCUCAAGUCCUUGGAAUCCCUCACGCCGGACAAGAUCCUGAAUCUGAUCAACAAGAAGAAGCAUCACCCGUUGUCGAAGAUGCUGAUCGGAAAUGUGAUAGGUCUGACUAGCGAGGAGUGCGCGAUGUGGGACUCGCCGAAGGUCGCCGCGUCAGCGGACGCGUCGGCGAAGAUCAGUCAUAAACAGCGGGACAACGCGGAGGAGAACGUCGCUUGUCUGCCGGAGGACAUGCUGAACAGGCGGUGCUGCAGGUACUCGCGGUCCAAGAGGCUGGCCUGGAAGGUGUCCAAGCAGACGGACGCGAGCAAGUUCGACAAGGUGUUGCCCCGGCAGUCCCGCAAUAACGACGUCGCCGAUCAGAACUGCAAUGGUAACGCUCGAGUGAAGAAUCCCGGCGACGGUGAGAGCAACAACGAGUAUCUGUUUCACGUGCAAUCUCCGCUGCAGGCUAUCGCGCAGCACACUCGCAGCAGGUACGAUAUUAAGACGCGUCUGCGGGCGGACGAGGGCGGCAUGCUGGCGAAGCAGGACUUCCCAAGCCCGUCGAUGAAGAAGAGCAGCAGGCUCAACAAGAAGGGCGACCGUGAGAUCGCCAAUCUGUUGAUAGACGCCAACAUCGGGCCGAAAACGCGCGGGCCCCGGAACAGGCGGCUGCGAUGUAUCAACAACACGUACACGAACAAGAGGUGCUACAGCGCCCUGAAUAUCAUGUAUCCGCCCGAGAAGCGCAAUAGGGUCACGGAGAAGCAGCGGCACAAGUCGAGCUUCAAGCGGAAGAGCAAGCCGACCAAGAUGAUCAGCCGGCAGCCCACCCGGGACAAGCAGAGCAAGGAGCGGUACAGAGUGUCAAAGCGUUGCACGCCAAGGCUCCCGCCGAGGAGGGUGAACAGUGCGAAGAAAGGGAAGAGUUUCGAAGGUGCGACGGUGAGCGACGCCGGCGAUUGCAACGUUCCUAAAAGCUCGUUCGACCGGAGCCUGCGGAAGAAACCGGUGCAGACGGUGGUGCCUCUGUCGCGGCGCGCUCCGCAAAACUCACGGUUGCAUUAUUUCCGUAAGAAACAGGCCCAGGAAAAGCCCAGCACGAUGGACGCGAAGGGUCGUGAGCGCGAGUAAUGACGUAGGGACGUCGCCGAAGAAUACGACAAGUACAUGAAUAACGUGGAUAACAAUGUGGUCGUUUACAUGGACGACGAAUUGCAGUAUCAGGACAUUGAGGAGGAGGAGGAGGACGAGGUCGCGAGGAUGAACACGUCGAUAGAGUCGACGUUCGUGGAAGGUGAUGAUGAAGGUGAUGAUGAAGGUGAUGAUGACGAUGAUGAUGACGAUGAUGAUGGCGAAGAUGAUGACGACGACGACGAGGAAGACGUACAAUCGUACGGCGAUAAUACUGUGUCGCCCGAAACCUUGGAAUCUUCCUGGCACGGUUGGAAGAAAAUCGUGACGAACAAUCGUUACUGGAUCGGUUGGUAGUGCAACUCCGUAAUCGAAGGUGCUUUCAUCGCUGCGAUCAGAAAACUGAAUUUUUCUUUUUUCCUUUCUUUUUAGGAAACGUGUACACAAUAUU